AUGUCUGCCCCAAACCCAAAAGCCUUCCCAUUGGCCGACUCUGCUUUGUCCACUCAAAUCUUGGACGUUGCUCAACAAGCUCAAAACUUAAGACAGUUGAAAAAAGGUGCUAAUGAAGCUACCAAAACCUUGAACAGAGGUAUUUCUGAAUUCAUUAUUAUGGCUGCUGACACUGAGCCUAUUGAAAUCUUGUUGCACUUGCCAUUAUUGUGUGAAGACAAGAACGUUCCAUACGUUUUCGUUCCUUCCAAGGCUGCUUUGGGUAGAGCCUGUGGUGUUUCCAGACCAGUUAUUGCUGCUUCUGUCACCACCAAUGAUGCAUCUGCUAUUAAAAACCAGAUUUACUCUAUCAAGGAUAAGAUUGAAACUUUGUUGAUCUAG